AUGAUCGAGUCCAGCCUCAUCAUAAAGCACCCAGAGUACGACAAACCUGUUGUGACCGACAACCUCAUGCUCAUCAUGUUGAAAACGCCAAGCGUGAGGAAAAGGACUCUGUCCUCAGAGACGCCCCCUCUGUCUCCGCUCCCAGCGGCCCAGGACGGCGGCAGCGGCCCGCCGCCCGGAGGGGAGGAGUGCGUGCCCCACUCCCAGCCUUGGCAAGUGGCCCUCCUUGAACGUGGACGUUUCAACUGUGGCGCUUCCCUCAUCUCCCCGUACUGGGUGCUGUCCGCAGCCCACUGCCAAACGCGCAACAUGAGGGUGCGCCUGGGCGAACAUAACCUGCGCCAGCGCGACGGCACCGAGCAGCUGCGGGCUGUGUCGCGCCUCGUCCCGCAUCCGCGCUACGAGGCGCGCAACCAUCUCCACGACCUGAUGUUGGUGCGUCUCCAACGGCCUGCGCGCCUCUCGCGGCAAGUGCGCCCCGUGUCGCUGCCCAAACGCUGCCCCCAGGCCGGCGAGUCCUGCGUGGUGUCCGGCUGGGGCCUGGUGUCUGACAUUGAAUCUGGGGCCACAGGAAGCCGAGAGUCACCAGUGAACCUCCCAGAUACGUUGCACUGUGCCAACAUCAGCAUUAUCUCGGCCGAAUCUUGCAGCAAGGACUACCCCGGGCACCUGAGGGACACCAUGGUGUGCGCAGGCGUGCGCGGGGGAGGCACCAACUCCUGCGAGGGUGAUUCCGGGGGACCCCUGGUCUGUGGAGGCGUCCUGCAGGGCAUUGUGUCCUGGGGGGAUGUCCCUUGCGACAGUACCGCCAAGCCUGGGGUCUACACCAAAGUGUGCAGCUAUUUGCAGUGGAUCAGGGACACCACGAAGAACAACUGACUGCGUUGCUCUACCCACCCCCGCCCAUCGUCCCCCUACCCUUGCCCGCAAGUCCUCACGCCCACGCUGAGCAGAAACUGCCCAGGUGGCGGCGCCGUGCCGGCCUGGGGCAGAAUCAAGCCAAGACCCCAUUUGUCCCAGGCUCAAGGAUGUUAACCAUCCGGGUGCUCAAGGUCACCUAUGUAACAUCAGGUUAACGGCACUGAUGUGAGUUUGCCUAUAAGAGUUUCUGGGACUUUCUCCUGGGGGUGAAGGGAAGUGGGGAGCAGCGACCCGGUACUCCACUUCGCUCGGCCUCAGCUUCCCCCUUCUGUGAAAGAGCCAUCCUUGUAUUGCUCACCUCAUAGGGUUGUAAGGGUUAAAUGAGGAAAUUCAUGCAAACUGACUCAAAUAGGGCCUAGCACUGGGAAAAUACUUUAGAUCUCUGAACCCCCAGCGAGAGAAUCCAGCACACACUCGAUGAUCAUCGAUGAUCAAGAAUGACUCCGUUUCUGCCCUGGCUGCUGUAGCUCAGCAGACUGAGUGCCGGCCUGAGAGUCAAAGGGCUGCUGGUUCGAAUCUCAGUCAGGGCACAUGCCUGGGGUGUGGGGUCAGGUCCCCAGUGAGGCAACCACACACUGAUGAUUCUCUCCCUCUCUUUCUCCCUCCCUUCCCCUCUCGCUAAAAAUAAAUAAAUAAAAUAUUUUAAA